AUGGGCGACUCGGCAAACAGAGGCCAUAAUACCUCAGUGCCAGUGCCAGAAUCUGCUCGCUCGGUGUCUCAGGGGACCCCUACCAUGGACCCUGUCAUGGAAGCGCCGAUCGACGGGCAUUCAGAAUGCGGCAGCAUGCGCAUCAGUGAGUCUGAGCUACGGUAUGUAGGUGGUGAUCACUGGGCGGCGAUUCUCGAUGGCAUCGCAGAUUUAAAGGACCACUUUGAUCGCGAUGAGCAAUUACGACUAGCUAAUACCCCAGACCAACUGUCAGACGAGCCUGCCCAGGACCCGUUCCGGCCAAGAUCUGGGUAUGCGCUACUCCUCUACGGAUGCCGUAAGAUCGCUUCUCGUGGCGAGAUUUUGGCAGCGCUUCCCCCCAAGGCUGCUGUUGAUCGCUACAUAUCUCGAUUUUUCAAUUAUCUAGAUCUAGUUUCUGCUUGUUCGUACUCUACUUGGUGCUCCAUCGGGUAUGAGGCAUUUUGGACGAAUCCAUCCAGCGUUCCAAUCAUGUGGAUCGGUCUUCUGUUCAGCAUGAUUUGCCUUGCCUGUUUGACUACGGAUACAUUCGACGCCGAAGUUGAACAUCUGACGCUUCAAAUUGAUCUCUAUCGAGAAAAGAUCGUCCAAUGUCUAGUGUUGGGCGAAUACACUAGAACAGGGCCGUAUGUUCUUCAAACGGUGAUCAACUACGUUUAUAUUGAAUUUUGCCUUCGCACGGAUGCCGAUCAAGAUACGUGGUAUUUAAUGGCCCUGGAAAUAAAUCUGGCCAUGCGGAUGGGCUACCACCGCGAUCCCAGUCAUUUCCCAGGAAUUUCUCCCUUUCAGGGGGAGAUGCGUCGCCGUUUGUGGGCAACAGUCUUAAUGGGCGACACACUUGUGUCCAACCAAAUGGGCAUGCCACGCAUGAUAUCCGACUGGAAAUGGGACACAGCAGAGCCGCGAAAUUUGAACGACACGGACUUUGACGAACAGUCUGUAGACCUUCCUCCAUCGCGUCCCUUGACUGAAUACACCAAUUCCAUUGGACUGAUCGCUCGACGUCGUAUCUUGGCAGCACUGGGCACAGUGGCCGACCUCACAGAUGCGGUUCAGCCAUGUAGUUAUGCAGAAGUCAUGCGCGUUGACGGCAUACUGCAAGAAGCCGCAGCCAGUAUUCCGCCCCUUUUGCAGAUGAAGCCCUUGGCGACGAGUGUGACGGACUCUCCGCAGGUUAUCAUGUCGCGAUUAUUCUUGGGUCAUAUGGUUUACAAGGGGCAGAUUGUUCUUCAUCGACGGUUUCUGUAUACAAGCUCGGCUAAUACAGACGACGAUCCAAUGAAAUACUCGCGAACAGCAUGCUUGGAUGCUUCGCUGGGCAUGCUGAACAUCCAACACAUGCUUGAUGAGGAAACAUGCCCGGGCGGCCAACUUUAUACCAUGAGGUUCCGUGUGACCUCCCUAAUGAACCAUCAAUUCCUCACUGCUACUAUGGUACUAUGCUCCAUGUUGUGUCGGGGGAAAACAUUACAGCGGGAACAGGAGAUUCGGGCAGCCCUUCAAAUCUCCAGGUCCAUCUGGAUGCGAAGGAGUUCCACUUCCAAAGAAGCAACAAAAGCCGCCGAAACUGUGAGUUUCGUCCUCGCAAAGGCUGGCGAUGGUCACAAGUCCGACCUGUCUUUCAACCAAGAUGUCUCUCGCGAUUUACAAGACAAUUAUCAAACGUACGCUUUACUCGAGAAUUGUGCCAAAGCUACGGGCCAACCACUGGAUGAAAGGCUGCUAUUACCAGAAAAUAUGAAUUUAUUCGAGCCCGAUCAUUUUCUAAUGACAGGCUCCUUUGGAAUGUUGGCUUCGUCCAAUCAGCAAGUUCAACCAUUCGGACCAAACUUCAACGCAUUGGAGAGACCAACUGAAGGUUGGAUGAUGAUGAAUAUGCCAGGGCAAAACUGGUCAUAA